AUGGAGCAUCACAACACCACUCGACCUCCGCCAUCUUCUCCCGAAGACUACAUUCCUUUAUCACCAAGCGAUGCUUCUGGGGAUGACGAUGUACUCGACCGAGACUACAUUCCUCUUUUCUCCAGCGACUCCUCCCCGCCCAUCUUUUCAACCUCAUCGCCACUUUCAUGCUCGGCCAUCUCGCUAGGCACAGCAGAGGAACUAGGAGAUCACAGCACCAAUAGCGAGGAUGGCGACUCGUGUGAUGAACCCUCCCCGAGGAUCAUAUACGCGAAGAAAGACAAUAGAAAAAUGUUCAUCGGCGGUCUCAACUGGGAAACCACCGACCAAUCCCUUCGCGACUACUUUUCCACCUUUGGGGAGGUGGUCGAGUGCACCGUCAUGAGAGAUGGCGCGACGGGCCGGUCGCGCGGGUUUGGGUUUCUGACCUUCAAGGAUCCCAAGACGGUGAAUAUCGUCAUGGUGAAGGAACAUUAUCUUGAUGGGAAGAUUAUCGAUCCCAAGCGCGCCAUCCCCCGUGAUGAGCAGGAAAAGACAAGCAAGAUUUUCGUUGGAGGCGUUAGUCAGGAAACCACGGAUCAUGAGUUCAGGGAAUAUUUUGCCCAGUUUGGCCGGGUGGUGGACGCCACGUUGAUGAUGGACAAGGACACCGGUCGUCCGCGUGGGUUCGGCUUCGUCACGUUCGAGUCUGAGGCCGGGGUGGAGGCUUGUCUCUCUGCCAACCUUGAGAUCCACGGCAAACCCAUCGAGGUCAAGAAGGCUCAACCGAGGGGCAACCUCAGGGAGGAAGAGGAGAAUAACCGCCGUGGUGGGGGUGCGGGAGGCAAGUUUGGGAAGCGUGUUGGACAGGGUGGGAAUGGAAUGGACGAUGGGGGUCAGAUGGGCGGGAUGGGCGGGAUGGGUGGUGGUCAGGGGGCCGGGGGGAUGACGCCGCAGGUGAUGGCGCAGUAUUUCCAGCGGAUGCAGCAGGCGAUGAGCAUGAUGCAGCAGCAGAUGAUGAUGAACCGGAACAUGAACCCGGCCAUGAUGCAGAUGAUGCAGAUGCAGCAGAUGCAACAGAUGCAGGCCAUGAUGCAGCAGGCUCAGGGUGGGAGAGGGGGCGGAGGACAGAACCCCAUGGCGGCGAUGGGGCAGAUGAACCCGGCCAUGAUGCAGCAGAUGCAGGCCAUGAUGGCUCAGCAGGCGGCGCAGGGAGGUGGUCCUGGCGGUCCUGGGGGGCCGAUGCCUCCUGCUGGUGGCCCUGGAAGUGUCGGUGGUCCUGGUAGUCCCAUGGGCAUGCACGACCAGGUUGGCAGUCCCAUUGGUAGCUCUGGUCAGGGAGGCGGCGGCAAGGCUGGUUUCAACGCCUACGAGCAGCAGCAGUUUGAGCAGCAAAAGUACGAGCAGCAGCAGCAGCAGGGCCGGAGGGGUGGUAGCAGAGGCGCUCCCGACAUGCAGGCUGCCUACAACCAGGGAGGGUAUGGCGGCAGCGGCGGCGGCGGUAGCAUGAGCUCGCAGGGCGGACAGGGCGCUCCGACCAGCUGGGAGGGCAUGUAUGAUGAUGUCCCUCAGCCGAUCAUGUCUACCGGCGGUGGUGGCGGCUACGGUGGUGGAGGCCGGAAUUUCAAGAACCGCGGACACAACAACCAGCACCAAAUGUCCAUGUCGCCUGGCCCGUCUGACCCUAUGAAUGCCCCUCCUGCUAAUGCCCCGACGGGACCCAAGAACGCUGGUAGACCUGGCGCCAACAUGUACCGUGGUGGUGGAAGGGGAGGUGCCCGUGGGUACCAUCCUUAUGCCAGAGGCUAG